ACAAAACAAAACCCUAAUCUCUCUGUUUACAGGGACGACGGAGUCUUUCUUCUUCGUUGGGAGAUCAGAUCACAAAUAGGGAACCAUUGAUGAUGUCGAAUCUUCCUUUGGAUUUGGUAGAGGAAAUACUCUCUAGGGUUCCAGCCACAUCUCUCAAACGAUUACGAUCGACUUGUAGACAAUGGAACGCUUUAUUGAAAGACCGAAGAUUCACAGAGAAGCACUUUCGUAAAGCACCAAAGGAGUCUCUAGUUCUCAUGUUGAAAGAAAUAAGCGUCAAUCUCAACGUUACUCCUCCAUCUAUAGAGUUUAAAGAUGCACUUGGCUUAAAGGAUUCCCAUUCUAAUUCAGAACAAGUUGAUAUAGUCCAAGUUCUUCACUGCGAUGGUUUGUUGUUAUGCACCACCAAGGACAAUAGACACGUGGUUUGGAAUCCGUGUUUGGGGGAAACCCAUUGGAUCCAAUUCAAAGUUGAUUACGGGAGAGUCUACUCCAGCUUUGCUCUAGGAUAUAUCCAAAACAACGAAUCUUGCCGUAGCUACAAAAUCUUGUGGAGGUGGAAAAGUAACGAUUACAAAUCAUCACCGCGUCAAAGAGGGUUUGAAAUAUACGAGUUUAUCUCUGAUAAAUGGAGGGUUAUUGAUGACGUCAAUCACGACUCUUUGGUCAAUCACAACUAUUUAGGACGUUGCUGUCGCGUGUCUUUGAAGGGAAAUAUUUACUGGCUUGUUGAUGAUGUUGAAGACAAUUCUAGAUCUUUACUUAUGUUUGACUUUAAAACAGAGAGAUUUAAACGUCUAUGCCUUCCGCAUUUCGAAAAUGUUGGUCACAUGGUUUUAUCAUUUGUUAGAGAAGAACAACUCUCAGUAUUAUAUUGGAGCCGUGCUACACCAAAGAUGGAGAUAUGGAUAACCAAUAACAUUGAUACUGAUGCUACAUUGUUGUGGAGACUGCACUUAGACACUCGCUUUAAUUGUGUUCGAAUCUUCUCAAGUCUCUAUUUCGAGGAGGAGAAGAAAGUCGUCUUGUGUUGUAAUGUUAAAUUGUUAAUGAUGAUAAGAUCAGCAAGAACAUGGUAUACAUUAUCGGAGAGGACGAUGGAUAUAUAGAAAU